AACAAAUGUGGGGAAUGGUUACAUUACAGUGACUGAGAUAAUAGAAAAUGGGUUGGGUAUGUUAUUGUAAUUUACAAAUACCUGAAUACCCCAUUCAUAGAAAUCUGCAGGGAAAUUUGUUUUUCUUUCAGAUACCAUUAAUAUUGAUACUAUUCUUACUUGAUAUUAUGUCUAUUAAAUUGUUAUUAAAAUAUCAGUAACAUUAAAGACGAUAAUAUAAUGCAAGUGAAACUUCCAAAGAUCAAGGAAAAAGGGUUAACAAGUGAGGUUGGGAGAACUGACAACUGCCUCUUUGGUGACUAAACCGAUGUAGAGCCAUAUGCUGCAAAGACAAUAGAUGAACUUGUAUUAUAGUGGGCAUGAUAUGUAUUCUUGCCAUCUGUGCCAAUUGGGUUAAGAAAGUUAGUUGAGAGCUGUGGAAGCAUGCUCCUUUUUUAAUCUUUACUCUAGAUUUUAGUGGCAGAGUCCACCAUGGAUGAAGGCCUGCUCUCCUUGCGCUGGAAUGACCAUGGCCUCGCUUUCUUCAAUAUGCUCUCAAAUAUUAGAAAAGAUGAGUCGUUUUGUGAUGUGACUUUGACCUGUGAUGGAUACUUCUAUCCUGUCCACAAAUUUGUUCUCUCCACAUGUAGUGAUUUCUUUUACCAAAUAUUUGAAAAAACACCAUGCAAACACCCAGUAAUAAUAAUUGCAAAUGUAAGCCGGAAAGACUUGGAAGCUUUAUUGAAUUAUAUGUAUUUAGGAGAAGUCAGUGUGUUUCGGACAGAGUUGAAAAGUCUUGUGAAGGCUGCUGAAAUACUGAAAAUAAAAGGUUUGGCUGAACAGACAGAAAACUCAUCAGUGAAUGAAAAUAAAGAGAAACGUUCUUCAUCUUGGGAUGCAGACCAACCAGAAUCUAAACGGACAAAAUCUGAAGAUUAUUCCUCAGUUUAUACAAAACAAAGGGAAUCUGAAAGGUCUGCUCAUGUGAAGGAUUCGACCACAAGGACAAGGAUAUUAGACACUGAUGCAUUAAAUGACCAAGAUGCUAAAGGCUCUGAAGUAACCAUAGAUGAUUCUCUGGACUCAGUGGGAGAGCUUACAUCUGCAGAGAUUUCGGAUUCAAGAAGAAAUGAAUCCAGUAGUGAAUCCAACCAAGACCCUCCAGAGGUUAAGGUUGAGGAGGUAUUUGUUAAAGAGGAAUUCUCUGACCCUUGGUACGACGACGCCGAGGCCGGGGUUGGCGAGUACCAGUAUGACAGCCCCGUGCCAGGCCUACACUACGGGGCGCCGCAGGCUGCUUUGCAAGACAACGGCACCUCGUGGGACCUGGCCUCGGCGCAGGUGCAGGCCCGGGAAAGCCGUCUGGCAGCGCGUGCGACAGGGCCCUCCAGAUUGCAAGGGGUGAGUUUUUUCAUGAGACUUGUGUUGGGACGAGGCCUCCUUAAUAUGCGUGCAUGGUAGAUGAUAGAUCUGUUCAUUAUAACAUAUGCCUAUUUAGGAGGCCUGAUUUUUUUUUUGUUUAUAAUUUGUUUUUGCGCUUUCAAAGGAAAGAUAAUUGUAUGGUAGAAAUAAUUACUCAAAAGGUAACAUAAGCAUUUUAUUUCCAUAAU